CUCCAUCUAGACCACUCAGAAGCCGUAGGAAACGCAGGCAGAGAAGAGUCGCGAGACUUGACGCGACCACACUUUCAGGCCCCGCUCCUCCUUCCGAGGCGAGCGCCUCCCAGCGCAGCGUCCCGGGUUGCACGUGUAGUUGUUGUGGUUCAGUCUCACGUGGUCGCGGAAGCGCAGGCGUCUGCAAGAUGGCGGCGACCAGUGCCGGGAGACGCCAGCCGCCUCUGGUCAGCCUUGAAUGAUAUCCCUGACUGUGUCUGUGGGGCCAUGGACCGGCCCGGGUUCACAGCCUCGCUGGUGGCUGGUGGGGUAGCAGGUGUCUGUGUUGACUUGAUAUUAUUUCCUCUGGAUACCAUUAAAACCAGGCUGCAGAGUCCCCAAGGAUUUAAUAAGGCUGGUGGUUUUCGUGGAAUAUAUGCUGGCGUUCCUUCGACUGCUAUUGGAUCCUUUCCUAAUGCUGCUGCCUUUUUUAUCACCUAUGAAUAUGUGAAAUGGUUUUUGCACUCUGAUUCAUCUCCAUAUUUGAUGCCUGUGAAGCACAUGUUGGCUGCCUCGGCUGGAGAAGUGGUUGCCUGCCUGAUUCGAGUCCCUUCUGAAGUGGUUAAGCAGAGGGCACAGGUAUCUGCUUCUUCAGGAACAUUUCACAUUUUCUCUAACAUCUUAUGUCAAGAGGGCAUACAAGGACUGUACAGAGGCUACAAAAGCACUGUUUUAAGAGAGAUUCCUUUCUCACUGGUCCAAUUUCCCUUGUGGGAGUCCUUAAAAGCCCUCUGGUCCUGGAGGCAGGAUCAUGUGGUGGAUUCUUGGCAGUCAGCAGUCUGUGGAGCUUUUGCAGGUGGCUUUGCAGCUGCAGUCACCACGCCUCUGGACGUGGCAAAAACAAGAAUCAUGUUGGCUAAGGCCGGUUCCAGCACUGCCAGUGGGAACGUCCUCUCCGCCCUGCACGGUGUCUGGCGGACGCAGGGGCUGUCAGGAUUAUUUGCAGGUGUCUUCCCUCGAAUGGCAGCCAUCAGUCUGGGAGGUUUCAUCUUUCUUGGUGCUUAUGACCAAACUCGCAGCUUUCUGUUGGAACUUGGCAGAGAGAGGCCCUGAAUCAGAGAUGGCCCCUUCUUUCAGGAAAGGGUCCUGCUGUGAGAACUGUCUCCCUUCCGGUGAGCAGCUGCUGGGCCAUCUGAACUGCAGAACACGGCGCUGAAAUCCAGUCCUGCUUGGAUUACGACACCAAGAACCUGUCUUCCGUGCUCCAGGCCAGCGGGAGUGGAGUCUUCAGCCUGUCCGCGGAGUUCAGCGGUACUUUGAACAGUUUUCUCAGACCCUUAAUAAAUCAGUGGCAGCGCUGAGUCCAGACUCUUCA